ACUGAGAAAAAGGCGAAGUCGAGUUUCUUUAGCGGAAAUUUCAGGAUGCUCCUUUCUGCAGUUCUUCUGUUUUCAGUUUUAAUUUUCAUCCCACAUUUCCCAUUUGGUGCUCACGCUAAGCUGCACGUAGACUGCACCUUCGAACGAAUAAAAUCAUGGACGACUGCCCAGAAUACUUCGGCUCCAUCACUGAGGUUUAGGGGACAGCUUCCUUCUUCAAAAAAGAGUCACACUUGCCUUGUGAAGACAAAUGAGACAAACCGACUGAUUUAUUUGAAAGCCAAAAGAGACGAGUGGUCCAAAGGUUCACUGCACGUCUCUGCCUAUGAAGAAGACGAGGGAUCCUUGCUAACUAGCCAUCUUGGUAUAUCAACGUCUGAAGCUGGAUGGAGAAGUUUGCCUUUCUGUCCAACCAAGGGUAAGGUUAGGGGAAGGCAUUUAUUGUUUUCAGGCACAGAUGGCGUUGGUUUCAUGGCGGAAAUGCAACAAGAAAGAGGCAUUGAAUUAGAUGUCCCAGUGCCGGUUAAACUGAGUGCAAAGGAUACUUAUCCAGCUGUUUAUCAGUUCAUUCCAGCAGAAGACAUUUCAAGCACACAACUUGACAUAACUGUCACUUCUGAGUCUGAUGACGUACCAGCUUACUUAAAAGUAUCACGUAACUGUAAGGAUGUCAAAGACAACAUUAACGUUGUGGACUAUAAAGGAGAGUCAAUCCGUCUGUCGUUCGCCAAAAGGGGACGGAUUACUUUGUCCAAGUUCUCCACUCCACCUUUGACCGCCUCCUCUUCCAGUUGGUUCAUUGGGAUUGCAAUUAAAAACGCCGCUGGCGAAACUUCCCCUAAAGCCACAAAGACAGUUGAAUUGACUUUGACGAGAUCAUUUGAUUACUCAUACGCUCAUCCAUUGUGGAUUUCGCAACUUGUAAUCAAUGUUUUAGGUGGUGUUGCUAUUUCUCUUUUGGCAUGGUUUAUUUUUAGAGUGAGAGAUUGCGAGAAGUGCAAGAAGUGCAUAAAGGGAAAAAGUAAUAGUACUCCGGAUAAUUUUAGUUUAAGUAUAACCCCCGGUGAAUUUUUCUCAGCUAUGCUGGCCGUUCUGUUUAUUCAUUCGUUUAGUCGGGGUCCCAAAACGUACUCUUACAUCACAAUUAUUGUCGGUUCGGUUUUAAUGGUGGGUUCAUUCCAGUUUGUCUUUGCAGACUGGUAUUUAAUGAUUCAAGAGGGCGACAGAGAUCACUGUUAUUAUAACGAUUUCUGUUAUCGAGUGCGCUAUGCUGAUAUUCCCUAUAAUUUAAUUGUUAGUAAUAUUAUUUACGUCUCGCAAGGCUUGAUAUUAGCUAUAAAUGUUCUUUGCAUGGAGUCAGAGGUACUUGCUCGAUGUACAAAACUUGCCAAGGAACAAGGAAAAAAGCUGAAACCAAAUGAGGAAGAAGAGCACGCAAAACCACAUUUUAAACGCGAAAAGAAAGAAAUGAAAAAGAAACUACUAGAAGAGGAAAAGGGGGAGCAGAAAUCAAGAGAUACAAAUGAAAUAAAGGUGCAAGAUGGAAGAGAGAAUAGAGAUAGAACGAGCGAGGAUCAGGAUCAUUCUACAAAAAUUGAAUCCCACGAAAGGUUACCUAAUCACGUGUUAAGAUGUCCCGAUAUUUCGCUUCAUUUCAGAAAAAUGCAUGUUCCCAGAGAUACCGAAUCUCCUGACGAAAUGUUUCCUGCAGCAAUUAAAAAGAAGUAUAACUUUUCUUUGGGCUACGCUCAAGCCUGGGCCUUGUUGUUUGUAGGGGCAUUUUCAGCACUUUAUCAUCUCUGUCCGAGUAGGUUGACUUUUCAGUUCGAUACAGCUUUUAUGUUCGUGAGUGCAGGUUUAAGUAUUGUUUGGUGCUAUAAUGGCAUUGAAAUGCAGGAAUGCUCAGCAAGUGUAAGCGCUAAAAAUCGUGUAGGAGCAGCAAAUAUGUUUCUUUACUUCGUAGUUCCUAUGUUAAUUUUCAAUUAUCUUGGAACAAUGUAUCAUUCAGAAGCAGGGCUCGCCAAAGUGUUCAGAAUCCCGGUCUUUAUACUUCUCGUUCUCUGGUUAGUAAUCUUGCUAUCGUGGGCUGGAUAUAAGUUGUUUCCUGAGAUAUGUAGUAUAGCCUGCUGGAACUCUCUUGUUCAGAGGCGCUGUUCCAGUGAAUGUUGUGAAAACUGUGAAAGGUUCUUCGAGAAGAUCUGGAAAAACAAAGUGUUGAUAAUAGUUAGCUUUUUUGGUCUCUUCCUCUUUCCGAUUUUGUUUGCGAGCCUCUGGAUUGCUAAAGUAUUAGAAUUUACCGACGCCUUUCUCUAUCUUUGUUUAAUAGAGAACGCUGUUGCAGCUUUCGGAACUUUCAUUCUCGGCAGUUUUUUUGGCAGCCAGUCAGACUCCAGUGGAUGUAACAAAUGGUGUAAAAUUUUAUUCCGCUUUUUGCAAAUUCCUUUUUUUGUGGCAGCCUUUGUCAUUUUGGAAACAAAUGAAACAAUAGAUAAGAGUAAGUCUCCUGAAAAAUCGCGUGAUUUAAACAGAGAAUGUAACUUUAUGGGUUUCUUUGACUGGCAUGAUAUAUGGCACAUUUUUUCCUCGUUUGGUUUCCUUAUUUCGGCACUAGCGAUGAUCCAUGAUAGUUAUGAACCUCCAAAAGAGAUUCAAGAUGGUGAUAGGCCUAAUUAUGGCUCAACUCAAACUUAUCAUGGGUUGGAGUCAUUGGUAAUGUAUGAUAGCAUUGAAGGCGCGCUCUGAUUGGCCACUGAAAUUCCAAAUAUUAUUUGCAAGUCGCCUCUGAGCAAGUCGUGCGGGAUCUACGCCCAAAAAUAUUAUAACUGCUACAGGAAUAAAUGAGUUAAAAUCACCUUUUUGUGCUAUAUUAUGUAACUGUUUUAGUAUAUACAAAAACAACUAUUUACUUCAGCAUUGCUGGCUGGCGGUGGAUAUUUACUUCGCCGCUUCGCAGCUCAGAAAAAAAAAUCCACCUUUAUGAUUCAUCAAAUAUUUUUGCUCGUGCGCGAUUGCCUUCACGCUUUGCGAGAAAGAAUAUUCCCCGGCUAAAACUGGGGGAUAUCCGAGGAUAUCACUCAAGUGAUAUUUCCCAAGUUUCAAACGUUUUACAUGUACUACGAUAAGCCUUCGUUCAAAAUUUAAUUCAAGAUGAGAGAGCGAUUUUAGGUUGUUAUAGAAGAAGGGAAAUAUUUUUUUUGUUCAUAAAGUCGUACCAGAGAACACUCAAAUGAGUGAGCGGCAAAUCCGCUGUAAUCAUAGAGUUAACACAACUGACGUGAUGUACUUUAAAAAUUGUAAAUUUUAUGCCGGUUUUUGUUGUAACCCUAUGCCUUAAGAACAAUUGCAGUCUAGAAGUUAUAGUUUUUCAUGCUGGUUUGCUUUUGUAUCAUUUGUAACAUAAUACUGAUAUUAUUAGAUGCAGGUAAAUAGUACUUCACAUGGCAGGAGAUCUAGCAAGCUCUAUUGAGCUUUUAGAAAGAUCUCCUCGAAAGUAUUUCUAUUUAGCUAAUCAAUCAAAUUAAAUGUUGGUAGCCUUCUUCAAUUGUGACAUGUUUGUAUUUUUCAUGAUUCCUUCGGUAGAAUAUCACCGCUGGAAUCCAUAAUCAAAUGCAAAGGUUUUGCAAAUGUUAUUACUUGUAGAAUAAAAAAUUUAGAAAGGGGGUAAGUUUCUAACGAAACUGUGUUGCUGCAUCGGUGGGAGAGUAUAACAGGUAAUUUAGUGUUAACAACUGAGUUGAAAACGUAAACUGGCCACCGUAA